AUGCCACCAUCAGCGGGCGAAGAGCGUCUUGUGACCGUUUUUGCAGAUAUCCACUACUACUUCACAGAGCCAACCCGAAGACCUUCACCAUAUCACCACCGCUUUGAUAAGGGCUCCUAUGUUUAUGUUUACCAUGACCCUUUUCAGAACAAGGCGCGAAUAGAAAUUGCCAAUAAUCCUGGAUCUCCAGAGCAGGAUGCAUUUUGUGGCGGCCUGAGCAAUGUUCAUAUACGACACUCUGCUCAAUUCCCGACACUAUGUACAUUAACAGUUGAUGCACACAUGGCCUCGCCCCAACAUCAAUAUGCGCAUGAUACCCCUCAACGUGAGUGGCGUCUGCCUAGCGGAGACCCACGCAAUGACCCCAAGGAAUUCCGCGAUUUCCCUCGCUUGCAUACAUUGGAUAUCUACUUCUGGACCCAAGAAGAUGCAACCGACUUUCUGGACACUGUCGUCCGGCUUCUAUCUAGUUCCCAGGUUGAGACAGACCGAGAGCCGGCCCCGCAACCACAGCAAACCAUGAGCUCUGUAGUUCAGCAACUUGAGACCAUUGCAGUCUCCGACCCUGCCUAUCAGAAUGGUCAAACACGCAACUCAAGAUCCGAGCCCACAAGCACAGCGGCACCAGUGCCACAGGCGCCGCCACAAACCAGCAGCUUCCCCCCGCCCCCUCCAAGCGGACCUCCAGUUGACCAACGAUUAAGCGCUGGGUCUACUCCCGCCGAGGAAAAGAAAGACCCAGCUAGCUUCGCUCCGCUCCCAUACAAUCCUGCCGCCCCAGCCGCCCCAGAGCCAAUCCAAUACCGCGAGAAGACCCCGCCGCCAGAGGACGGGAUGAACGGCACCGGCCUCGCAGCCGCAGUGGCGGCCGACAGCGGCAUGCCAUAUACGCCCCCGCACCAAAUGAUGGGGGGUGCAGGAGGCGUGGGUGGAUAUGCAUCCCCGCCCCCCUCAACCCCAGGUUUGCAAUACGCAGGCCCUCCAGUCGCAGCACCGCCGGCAUUCGCCUCCCCUCCGCCCAGUGCGGGGCUGCAACAUUCAAACUCUUUCUCCACUACCCGAUCAUCGGUCCACAGCCCCGGGACGCCUGUCCCUUCAUACUCGCAGUCGUUCCUCGCCGGGCAGGGAGGUCAACAGUACAGCGCAAGCCGGCAAGGCUCAAUGUCGUUCGCUCCGCCGCCGCAAGAUCCGAAUGCCCAUCUAUAUGACCAGCAGGUCUAUGGGGCUGCCCAGGCCCAGCCGCCACCUCAGUAUCAGGCUGGGGCGGCGGUGCCCGUGGGCGGGUUCUCCAACUACUCGUAUGACCAGACUCAGGCGCAGAAGCAGCAGCAGCAACCACCUCAGCGUGCUGGCUCUGAAUAUGAUAUUCACAGCCAGGUAUAUAGACCCACUGAGGUGGAAGCUGGCUCUCACUAUCAGAAGUAUGCACAGAAGGCCAUGAAGAAUCCUGGACAGCGGCCAAGGAAAUUGGAAGAUAGAGCAGAGCGAUUGGAAGGUGGCGUGAAUAGGUUCCUGAAGAAGCUUGAGAGGAAACUUUGA